GGGCCCGAGGGAGGGAAAAAUGGAAUGCGUUGUGCAAGGGAUCAUCGAGGCUCAGCACGUAGAAGCUCUGGAUGUGCUGCUGCAAGGCCUGUGCGAGGGACAGCGCGAGGCUGUCAAAACCCACGAAAUAUGCCUCAAGAGCACUGUGGCUUCGGAGCUCCAUCUACUGUGUGAUCUCUCCAAACGACCUCAAAUUUGGACUGUGAAGCACAUAGGAGGAGCAAUGAGAGGCACUGGUGCCGAGCAGCUGCCCGCCUUGGUACGCAACAUUGUGGAGUCCAAGAUGAGCAACAAUGCGCUUCGUUUCUUCUAUGCCGUCGGCUACAAGAUGGACUACGAGCUUCUCCGCGAUGGUUUUGCGUACCGCUUCCAGAGAGCCUUCCCGAUCACGGUCACGGUAACUUCAGUGUGUAGGCUUCCCAAGCAGCACUCGAUCGACGAAGCGACACCCGUCACUCCAAACAUCCAGCUCGUUGAGGUUACGGCUCCCGCUACCGCUGACAACUUUAGCGAUGUCGUCCCGGCAAUCUCCUCCUUUGCCGAGCACCUCUCCCCGCUUGUGAAUUUGUCCAAGCCUGGAAGUUUUGCAGGGAUCGUUUCCACGGCCUCCACGGCGGCCGCGUCAUUGCUUUCGCGAAGUGACAGGCUUGAGCAUCGCGUUUGAAUCAUUGCAAAGAUAUUUGGUUAUUAUUAACUUUCCUCGCAUACAUACAUAUUGACAUACA